GUGAAUAUUUUGCGUGUCUCAGAAAAUGUGAAGUGUAAAUCAAAUCAAAUGACAUACAUGUUUAAAGAACAUUUCAUUAAUAUUUGUUGUGCUGCUAAUAAGCGAAAGUCAUAAUAACUAACGAGUUAUAACAUAAUACAGAAUGAACAGAUAAGAUAUUUUUAAACCGGUUAUCGGUAUAAUUAUUAAUUUGUGAGUUCAAAAUUUUACAGCGACAUAUCGGAUUGUGCUACGCGGAAUAAUAUACAGAUUGAGCGAAACUACUCACGAAUUAAAUACUAGAAAAAAAUCUUUUGAAAAUUGACGACGUUUGCUACGACAUCAUAAAAUAUGCAUUGUCAGGAAACUGUUUUCUCCGUGCAACAUAAAUUAAAGACGAAAAGCUACAUCGCAUUAUUCAACAGCAUUAUUCAACAGCAGCACAAUGUUUGAAGUGCAACUGAUUACGUAACACAAUGUUAAUUAAGUUAACGUGCUAUCUUUACUAUAAUUUAGAAGCAUGUAACGUUUGUUUUAACUAUGUUCGUACUGUUCUUACAUUGUUAACUUUCUUAUGCAAAGCAUACUUCAGUGAAGCAAAUCGGAUCCAAACUACAACAUGAAUGCUAUGAAAUUGGGCUGGUUCAGCGAAUUGAACAGCGAGCUCUGGCCUGGCGUUGCACUCUCGCUGGAAGUAGAAGAAGUCCUGCAUUCUGAGCGCUCUUCGUACCAAGAUAUUCUGGUAGUGAAAACAUUUAAACAUGGUAAAGCUUUAAUGCUCGAUGGCGUGAUCCAAUGCACGGAGAAAGAUGAAAUGUCCUAUCACGAGAUGAUAUCAUAUUUACCACUCUGCAGUCAUUCAAAACCACAAAAUGUUCUAAUAGUGGGUGGUGGUGACGGUGGGGUUGCCCGAGAGGUUUCGAAACAUCCGGAUGUAGAGCGCGUCACAUUGGUAGACAUCGACGACCGAGUUAUCGAAGUGUGCAAGCAAUAUUUGCCCCGUUUGAGUUUAGGUCUUAAUAAUCCUUAUGUAAAUGUCAUUGUUGGCGACGGAUUCGAAUUUUUGAACCAUCAUUCACGAGAAUUCGAUGUUAUCAUUACUGACAGUAGCGAUCCCGUAGGUCCUGCCGAGAAUCUCUUUAAACAUGCAUAUUAUCAAUUACUGAAAUCUGCAUUAAAACCUGGUGGAAUCAUUGCCAGCCAGGCUGGCACAGCAUGGGCGAACCUGGACCAAGUAUGUAAUACAUUCCAACAUUGUAAGGCUGUGUUUCCUGUCGCUACCUACGCAGUAACAUCCGUACCGACGUAUCCUACGGGUCAAAUCGGUUUUGUUCUUGGAAGCUUAAAUGAACAAACAAAUUUUGCAGAACCAGUGAAGAUAUUCAGCGACAAAGAUCUAGAUCAUAUGUCAUUAAUGUAUUACAAUGAUAAAGUACAUCGGGCAGCUUUUGCUUUACCAAGAUUCGUAGAGAAGGCUUUGAACGGUGCUUGAAAUAUUAACCAAAUAUCUUUCAAUAUAUUUAUUAAAUUCGAUUUUAUACGGCAGUCGAU